UUGGUCUUCAUGUGAUGUGUUCGUUGUACUACGUUGAUUAACUAGGAUGGGUGUAAUUAUUCUAGUAUUCACAGUUACAGCAUUCUGGAUAAUUGUCGGCGUUGGUGGACCAUUCAUCGUACCCAAAGGACCAAAUCGAGGAACAGUCCAAACGAUGAUUGUGUUAACUGCUUGUUGCUGUUGGCUUUUCUGGAUUUUGGUUUAUUUGCAUCAGUUAAAUCCGCUUAUUGGCCCUCAGUUGCCAGUGAGGACGAUACGUUGGAUUUCGGAGAAGUGGGGUGAUGCGAAGGAACUUGUCCCAUCUUAAAUACAGUUGCUUUAUUGAAGAGAUCACCUUUUAGCAGCUUGUUUAUGUUUACAUUAGUUGAGUAUAUGUAGUUGUAAUUUAAUCAGUUUAAUAUCUGUCGAAUUGAAUCUCAUGAAUAGAAGAGGAAAUGGAAUGAUAUGUUAGAUUUGUUGAUUAUGUGCAGUUGCUAUUACCCACCAAAGUGAAAG